AUGAAUUUUAAGAUGAAUUCCUACCUCGCCGACAAAUCCAAUGCCUCGGUCCCGGGAUAUCUGAGAGUGCCUGCACUAAGUAACGGCAGUGUCUCUGCAAACAGCUCCAACGGGACAGCAGGCAGCCUGGAGCCACCUGCCCUGGCCAUCAGCAGGGCCAUAGCCGUGGGGCUGAUCCUCGGUGCCUUCAUACUCUUUGCUAUCGUGGGUAAUAUCCUGGUGAUUCUCUCUGUGGCUUGCAACAGACACCUGAGAAUCCCCACAAACUACUUCAUCGUCAACCUGGCGAUAGCAGAUCUGCUGCUGAGCUUUACCGUGCUGCCAUUCUCUGCGACACUGGAAGUCCUUGGCUACUGGGUGCUGGGCAGGAUAUUCUGUGACAUCUGGGCAGCAGUGGAUGUGCUGUGCUGCACAGCCUCUAUCCUCAGCCUCUGUGCCAUCUCCAUAGACAGGUACAUCGGGGUGCGUUACUCUCUGCAGUACCCGACGCUGGUGACAAGGAGAAGGGCCAUCCUAGCUCUGCUGGGUGUCUGGGUCCUCUCCAUGGUGAUUUCCAUUGGGCCUCUCCUGGGCUGGAAGGAACCGGCGCCCAAGGACGACAAGGAGUGCCGAAUCACCGAGGAACCUUUCUACGCUUUGUUUUCCUCCUUGGGGUCUUUUUACAUUCCUUUAAUCGUCAUCCUCGUCAUGUACUGUCGGGUCUACAUCGUGGCCAAAAGGACUACGAGGAACCUGGAAGCUGGGGUCAUGAAAGAGAUGUGCAACUCCAAGGAGCUGACCUUACGGAUUCAUUACAAGAACGUCCACGAGGACACGUUAAACAACACCAAAUCCAAGGGGCACAACCCCAGGAACUCCUUAGCUCUCAAACUUUUGAAGUUCUCUAGAGAAAAGAAGGCAGCCAAGACGUUGGGAAUUGUGGUUGGCAUGUUUAUCCUGUGCUGGCUCCCCUUCUUCAUCGUUCUGCCUCUAGGAUCUCUGUUUUCGGCCCUGAAACCUCCUGAAACCAUCUUCAAGGUGAUUUUUUGGCUCGGCUACUUUAACAGCUGCUUGAACCCCAUCAUCUACCCUUGCUCGAGCAAAGAGUUCAAGAGAGCCUUUAUACAGAUCCUGAGGUGCCAGUGCCACCGGCGGAAGCAGCUGGGCUGGUGGCCCUACAGCUACAGAAACUGGAACCGCUGCUCCUUUGAGCACCACAGGAAAGACUCUCUGGAAGACACUGGGAGUUUCCUCAGUGGCAGCCAGAGGACUUUAUCCUCAGCAUCUCCCAGCCCUGGCUACAUGAGCAAAAUCACUCCCCCACACAUGGAGAUGUGCACGUUCCAGGACUGGAGGAACUCCAGCUCCCUCCUGAGCCCCUUGCAGGAGGGCAGCAGGCAGAAGGACUCCUGCCAGUUCUUCACCUUCAACCUGCUGGCAGAGCGCAACGGGCACGUGCCUGCAGGCAGCCCAGGGCCCUGCCAUGGGGAGCAGGAGGCUCUGGGGGACACCUGGAACGGCAGCACAGCGGGUGCAGCCAGCAGCACACUGCACUGA